AUGUUUGACAAACUCUUCGGUUGGUCCAAAGCUUCAAAAUGUAAGAAGGCUAUCAAAAGCGCAAGGUGCCGGCUCAGGAUACUCAAGAACAAGAGGCAGGCAAUAGUGAAGCUACAUCGAAAAGACUUGGCUGAGCUAAUACAGAGUGGCCAUGAAGAAACUGCUAUUAAUAGGCUAUGUAUUUUCUCACAAUUUCAGGUUGAGCAGCUCUUGGAAGAUGAAAGCCUGGCUGCUGCAUAUGAAUUGUUAGAUCACUUCUGUGAACUUAUCCUUAAGAGACUCUCCUAUAUCCGAAGGCACAAGGACUGUCCAAAUGAUACUACGGAAGCAAUUUCUAGCCUUAUAUUUGCUUCAGCAAGAUGUGGGGAUCUUCCCGAGCUCCGUGUCAUUAGGAAGCUAUUUGGACAGCGUUAUGGUGAGAGGUUUGCAACUACAGCUGUGGAGCUAUUUCCCGGAAAUCUUGUAAACAAACAGAUACAUUUUUUUUUAAAAGAGAACCUGUCAGGGAAGUCUGUACCGGAUGAUCUGAAGUACAGAGUGGUGAAUGAAAUAGCUAGGGAUAACUGCCUCCAACAACAGGUGAAAGAAGUCAAAGGGUAUCAACUAGUGGAAAGUGAUGCCGAAAUAAGUUACACAAAUGAAGGAUCUAAAGUCCACCCUUCAGAGGUUGAAGAGAUAAAAAGAGAUAUCACAUGUGUUGAUUCAUCUAUUCCCAAACCAAGUGAAUCUUCUCUAACUGAAUCUAGCUUAGCUAAUACUUCUGUCAUAGUGUCUUGUGUUCAACAUAUCCCCCAUAUAUCCUGAGCUGUCCUUUGCAAAAGAAAGUAGUAGAGGUAGACUUUCCUGAGCUACUUUCUUAUAGAAAUACUAGUCCGCAAAUCAAGGGCAAAAGAAUGGCUUUAGCAUCUUAUGCAGAAAGAGUAAGUUUCCCUCCCUAUCCUGAAGAAAUGGUAGAUUAUGUUGAUGACAUUGAGGAAUGUCAGUUUUCUUUACCAAAAGAUGGUUCCUGCCAAGACCAAAUGCUAUUUAAGUUCAGAUCCUUUGGUCUGUCCAUGAGAGAAGAAAUUCAAUUUGGUUGUGAUGAAAGUGAUACAGAUCAAGAUGAAUCACAAAGUGAUAAAUCAAGCAUAAGGACCCCCAGAAGGAGAAAAACGGCAACUGAGAGAAGAUCAAGAAGGAGAUCAGCCUCCCUGGAAAACAUAUGCAUUAUGGAUAUUGAAUAUAUGACAUAUUAUCACAAGCCGUGCUCAAGUCGCUCUGGAAAACAUAUGCAUUAUGGAUAUUGAAUAUAUGACAUAUUAUCACAAGCCGUGCACAAGUCGCUCUGGAAAACAUAUGCAUUAUGGAUAUUGAAUAUAUGACAUAUUAUCACAAGUCGUGCACAAGCCGUGCAGAAGUCGCUCAUGAUACUCAGUAUAGCCUUCACUAGAAAGAAUAGCCCAACCAAGUUAUGACCAGAAGAGACUGAUGCUACAUAGUUUCUUAGAAAAGGAAAAUAUUUCACAGUCAUUUCAAAGGGAAGACUGCUCAAUGAGAAAAAAUUUCAACUUUAAAAUGAGCAGCUGCAGUUUGGACCAGCCAUGUUACCUUUGCCUUUAUGAUGAUAAAGACUGUUUGGAAGCUCCAUCAAUGAAGCCAAAGAGAGGAAUGAGAGCUACACAUGUUCAACAAGGAGUUCUCCUUGAUCAAUGUUGUCAUUGCCAACCCUUUUGGGAUGAUGAGUUGAACCCGGGAGAAGAAUUGAUUACUAUCCCCUAGAGAUUAGAUAGGAAGAGUUAUAGUGGUGUAGCUGAUAAUCAUGUAUUCAACAACCAAUGUUGCCAUGCUGGUAAUGGAAACAAUGAAAUAAAAGCAGAGAUCUCUUCCUCCCCCAAUGUUUCCAAUCCAAGGACUACUGAUUCCUUAACAAGAAUAGAAACAGAAGACCGCUACUCAAGGGCCAUGACAAUGCCCCAAGAGCGACAUGGAAACAGCAAAGAUAAGAUGUUAAGGACAUAUUCAUGUCCUUCUCAACAUCCUAAUCAUGUUCAUCUUAAGCUGCCAGACUCUGAUGACAUAGCUGCCAAGUUCACUACUCUCAAGAGAGAGUACCUGACUGCAAUAGAGACCAACAACGAAAGUGGAGAAGGCAUAUA